CGCACACAAAAUCUCAAGGACGGAUCAAAAGGGAAGCCCUUUUCUCAUUAAACCCCCUCAGUCGUAGCGGGCGUCUGGUUCAUUUUUCUAUCAUCUUCUGCCGGCAUGACUCAACUAGUUCUCUUCCUCAGUGUUGGUGGCUGCAACAAGCGAACAUGACCUACUAAUCGUGGGAGAAGUACAAGGCUCCCCACGUUCACCGGGCAGUUCCUCACCUAACAAGACAUCCCGUUCCUGUCAGACCUUCUGGUUGGCUGUUGCUUUCUUCUCCUUCUACGGCAUCCCGCGCAUAUCUACACCAAAGUGUGGUUGAGAACGCAACCGACAGUCAUCAGAUGCCGAAGCUGGCAUAGCUGCCGUUGACAUUCUCGGCAAUGUCCGCGACGUGCAUCUCCGACUCUGACAAACUUGCUUGAGAGUCCGCACUUGUUCUUGCUCAUGGCGCCUUCCCUGGGAGUUGCGUGUAGAGCCAUGCUUCACCUAGCGCAAGGUCAAAAUCCGAGAGUCGGAUGAUGACCUCUCCGAUUUAUGGUCUGCGGACAUCCCACAUUGCGAAAACUCCGUCUAACCUCUAUCCUGGGUUAUGUUCUUGGUCGACGACGGAUAUUCAUACUUUUCCAAACUGAUGUUCCCCUGUGUCGUUACAGCUGCCUAUCUCUGGCAACACCACCCUACCAUCGGCGUUUGUGGUGAUACAUAUCAUCACAAGCUUACAAAAGGCUCCAUUGAACCAAAUAAGUCGUACCCCACUAUCUAGUCCAAAGUUCAAGAGGUAGAGAGAUUCGUCUUGCGCCUGGCCAGCGUUUUAACUUUUUUCUACCCAUUUCCAAAAGAAAAGAAAAAAAAAGGUCGUCAACAUCCUUAGCAGUCAUGACCAAGUUAAUACUUUCUACCGGAAACAUCAUUUCCGGCGGGCCCUCCAUUGUUCGCAAGCCCGGCGCAUCCAACCUCGAACUCGUAAACUCUCUGAAAGUCAGCUUCCAAGAUGCGCAACUAGACUACGCCGACGAGAUUGAGAACCUGAACGCGAAUGGAACGACGAAGACGACGACGACUACGACCAAUGGCACCAGCAAUGGCGUCCACGAAGCCACAAAUGGCGAUAGCAACACUACCGACCCCGUAGCAGGCCCGCUCUACUGGACGGCGCAAGACCAGAAAAACAAUACAAUCUUCGUGCCCCGCAUCGACUGGGAAACCGCCGCACUCUCUGAAGAGCGUUCGCAGUACGACAUUACCGUCAAGAUUUUCUUCCUGCCCACUACAACGCCCGACGUUUCCAGGCGGGCGCAAUACACAACCGAAGCAAUGGAGCUAGUGCUCAAAGAGCUCGGAGGGAUCCCAGACGUCGACCUGCUCGUCGUUUCCUUCCCGGGCAUGUCCUUCGACGGCGACUGCGAGUGGGAGGCCGACAAGCUGAACGCUUCGCAGGGUGACGACGAGUCCGAGAUUGCGACUUGGCAGGCGGCCGUCGAGGAGCUGCACCGCCAGGGACUGGUGAAAAGGCUAGGCAUAUCCGAGUUUGGCACCGAGAAGCUGGCGCGGUUCAUUAAGCGCGUGGCAAUCCCGCCGGCGGUGGACCAAAUCAACCUCAAGAACUGCUGCAACGUGCCGCCGCCGCUGGCGACGCUGGCUAAGGAACAAAAUGUGGAGUUGUUGGUGCAUAGCGAUUGCACGGACAUCUUGCCCGAGGGAACGCUGAGGGAACUCCUGGGCCCGCAGGGUGCUGGGCUUCUGGCUGACCCAGCGACGGGCAGCGGCGGCUUGACGGGAAACCUCACGCCACAAUGGGUGAUUAAGUACACGGCUGUGGUGAAGAAUAGGGGCGUGAUUGAGAAUAAGGGAUACUUUGCCGGUGCCGAGUUGAACUGAGGCACUCGCUCUAAAAUACUUGGGGGGGUAAUAGAACCGCAUACAAAACCGACCUAUAUAGCUGCUGCAUAUUGUGUAGCUGGGUCCAAGGGAGUUUUUGGAUGGGACGGGUGGCCAGGCAGGCAAGCAGGCAUUCUGAUUCUAUUGAUAUUAAUACCAAUUGCGUUCGUUGUCUUCGUUGCUUAUGAAAAUGGCGUUUCGAUUUGCAUGAAUGUAUUGCAACUUCACUUUCCUUUCCAGCGCGCGAGCUCCGCUGUUCCAAC